CGUAGCCAUACUUUUCUCCCUCUCCCUCUUCAAUUCCUUUAUUCGCAAAUCGCAAUUAUCCUUUCCUACACAUCACUUUUACUGUUUCACCUUUGGGUAUAUCUAGUGAUACUUAUUUCAGUAUCAUUACUCAAUUACGAUAUCUAAUAGCAGUAACGUCUUGCCUUUAACAAUUUCCCCACAAACACUUCACAAUGUCCGCCGAAGAACAGAACCAGUCCUUGCUGGAGCGCAUCCAGCAGCCGGAGGUGAGCAAGGAGACGCAGAGAAAGAUUGCGCUCGUGGAGCAGGAGUUCAUUAAGGCCGAGCUUGAGCAGCUCCGCCACUCUACCCUUCUCCUCCGCCCUCUCUUCACCAAGCGCAGUGAGGUCAUCGACUCCCCCGACCUGCGCGAAAUCUUCUGGACCCGCGUGAUGCUCAACGCCCCUGCCGAGAUCGAGGAGGCCAUCACCAUGACCGACGCCACGAUCCUGGCCUCCACCCUGACGAACCUAACCGUUGAGCGCUUCGAGGUCGACGAGAAGGGCAACGGCGAGCCCCGCAGCUUCCGCCUGACCUUUCAGUUCCGCGACGAAAACCCUUACUUCACCAACAAGACCCUCGUCAAGGACUUCUACUGGCGCAAGCAGGUCAUCACCACCGCCAACGGACACAAGCAUCACUGGGACGGCCUCGUCUCGGAGCCUGUUCGCAUUAAUUGGAAGGAGGGCCAGGAUCCCACUAAAGGUCUAUUGGAUGCUGCCUGCGAUCUCGCUGAGGCAGAGAAGAAGAAGAAUGCUGACACGGACCGCAAAGAGCUGAAGGAGUUUGAGGCGCUCAUGCGCAAGAGGGACGAGGUCGAGACGGCUGAGGAGGAGCCGCAGGAUGAGGACGAGGAGGGUUCGGCUGCUGGCUUGAGCUUCUUCGCUUUCUUCGGUUACCGCGGAAGCGAUGUCACCGAGGAGCAGUCCAAGGCUGCUCUCAAGGAAGAGGAGGAGAAGUAUGAGAAGCUGCGCAAGGGUGAAGCUGUUGAGGAGAAGGAGGACGAAGACGACGAGGAUGACGAUUUGGAGGACGACUUCGAGUUCAUCGAGAUCUUCCCUGGCGGUGAGGAGUUGGCCAUCGCCAUUGCCGAGGACCUUUGGCCCAAUGCGAUGAAGUACUAUGUCACGGAUCAAGCCAUCGAGGAGCUCGACUACAGCGAUAUCGACGUUUCCGAGGAUGAGGACGACGACGAGGAGCAGUCCCGCCCUCGUAAGAAGACCAAGGUCUAAAUGCGCGACCGGACGAUUUAUAAGAACAUUGUGCCAUAAUCCUCCCAAUUAAAGCACAAGAAGCAGGAUCAAGAGCAGGACUAGAACGAAUAUCAGGACCGCGAUAGCAAAGGAGGACAUUGUAUCUAAUGGCGAUUAUUAGCUCCGGAACAAGUUGGAUAGAAACACCCAAAAAGUUGAAUUUCCU